CAGAAGAGCAGGAAGAAGAGCGCACUCCCACCCCCUCAUUACCAAGCAGCUCCCAUAUGACCAUGACCCCCGGGGAGCAGCUUCCCUCAGCCCAGCUCCAAGCCCUGCUGAUGAGAGCCGUGAAGGGUCUGACGACACCCACCCUGGAGCGAUUUCAAGCCGCCGAGGAAGAGCUGAGGACCAUCGUGUCUCUACACGGAGACAAGAUGGAGAGAGUUGGAGACGUCGUGGGACGCAUCUUAAUCUGGCUGGACAACGUCUGUCAUCCCAGAGCCAGAAAAGCAGCACUGAGGGCCACGGCCUUGCUGGCUCGUUCCCACCCCCAGGACGUGGUUCUGAGCUGUGUGGCACACACGCUGUCCUCGGACAGAUGUGCCAUUGAGCUGUGGAAGGCCCUGGGGGAAGAACCACAGCUCCCCAGGGAGGUGCUGCAGCAGCUGCUGGACAAGCUCCAGCAGAGACACCGGGAGGAGAAGAGCGGCAAUGUGUCUCUGGCUGCAAUGAGGACCAUUUACGAGGUCCUUUUCCUAUGGGGAUACCGAGAAGCCAUCCUGGAAAUGUAUCCCCAGAUGCUCAUCCUCUGCGUCAGGCAAGUGCAGUAUGUGAUGGAUCUGCACUUGCCAGGGACCUACAUGGCCAGCACGACAUCCAGCCCCGAGGAGGAUCCAGCUGCCUCAACCCCUAAGGUAAUGACUGAAAGGAAAGGAAGAACAGAUGUGCUCUGCUAA